UGCGACAGAGAUGCUGCGGACUACCUCUGACACUGAGCUCAGUCACAUCCGCUCAUAGGACAUCUGUUCUUCAGCUUUAGAAGCUAAGAAUACAAAUAGAUUCAUUUUGUUUUCUACAGACGUGUCUAGAGGUGGACGCCACGGGGAAACCGGCUCAUUUCCACCAGAGGACUGGUUGUUGUCUUAUCAUCAUCUCCUCCGGGGGCUUGCUGUUAACAUGACGGCUCCCAACUCCAAGCGUUGUUUGGGUCCUAAGGUUUACCCAAAAGUGCCUGAUGGUGGUUGGGGCUGGGCUGUGGCAGGGGCCUUCUUCUUUGUGGAGGUCUGCACCUAUGGGACCCUCAAGAGCAUGGGUGUCUUCCUCCAGGACCUGAUGGAGGAGUUUGGGGAGAGCAACAGCCGAGUUUCAUGGAUCAUCUCCAUUUCCGUCUUCAUCUUUACCUUUACUGCCCCCCUGUCCACGCUGCUGAGCAACCGGUUCGGCUAUCGUCCAGUGGUGAUGAUAGGAGGCUUCCUCAUCAGCCUGGGAACCAUCAGCUCCGCCUUCACCAAUUCCAUCAACGAGAUGUACAUCACUAUUGGCAUUGUUUCAGGCCUCGGAUACUGCCUCACCUUCCUCCCAACGGUCACCAUCUUAGCCCAGUACUUCUCCAGACGGCGAGCUCUCGUCAUCUCCGCUGCUUCCUCAGGAGAAUCCCUCGCCAUAUUUGCAUUUGCUCCAGCCUUAACUACACUGAAAGUACGCAUUGGGUGGCGCUUCUGUUUGGUUAUCCUCGGCAUCCUUCAGGCUUCUGUGAUUGGCUGGGGACUUCUCCUUUGUCCAAUCAUUAUUGAGCCGAAACUUGUAAAGGAAGACAAUGAAUCGGACAAAGACUCACACUCUCUGAAGGAACAGCAGACAGUGUAUGAGCUGGAGAACGAACAAACCAGAACCUCCAUCAGUUCCGGAGUUUCGGAGGACUCAGGCGUCACCUCUCUCUCCGCCUCAAACGUAGACCUGAGGACAGCAGGAGCAGACAACAAGGCCCCGGUGGAGAUGAAGGUGCAGGACAAAGAGGGUCAGGAGCCGUCACAUCCCACCCCAGUCAAGGAGAUGUACGAGGUGGAGCGGGCAGAGGUAGAGGCGGGUCCUCUCAAGCCCUCCAGCUCCAAACUCCUGGACUUCUCUAUGCUUAAAGAUGGUGCAUUUAUCUGGUACUCCCUCUUUGGCCUGUUUGCCACACUGGGCUUCUUCGCCCCACAGCUCUACAUCAUUGAACUGAGCAAGAGCCGCGGUGUGGAGCCCAGCAUGGCGUCUUACAUGCUCUCUGUGAUGGCAGUGGCUGAGAUAUUCGGUCGCCUGUCCAUUGGGGUGGUAUUGAACAAAGUCAGCUGCAGGAAGACCCUGGUGUUGUUGGGGUGUGUGGUUUUGUUGUGCCUGGUUCUUGUGGCCUUCGCUAUUGUGUGGGAGUUCUGGGGCUUGGUGGUCUGCUGCGCCCUCUAUGGCUACUUCAUGGGCACCGUGGGCUCCACACACAUCCCCAUGCUGGCAGAGGAGGACGUAGUGGGCAUCCAGAAGAUGCCGUCAUCUAUAGGAGUGUAUGUUUUCAUCCAGAGCUUUGCUGGGCUGGCCGGACCGCCGCUAGGAGGUUGGUUGGUGGAUGUCACACAGAACUACGGCGCUGCCUUCUACUCCUGUGCCGUGGGCAUGGGGCUCAGUGCCAUCUGCUUGGCUCUAGUUGGCCCGGCCAAAUCCGGCAUGUGCCGAUCAAAGAGCAGAAAUAAAAGCAGGAGCACAGAGGAGGAGGAGGAGAGAAUGUCACAGGACAACAAUCAGGUUGACUUUUUGGAAAUGGACCUGGCCUCCGAGGACAGUCUCGUGAGAAGGUCUGUGGAUCGGGACAACAGCUCAGUAAUAUGAACCCAACCUCACAUCACCUCAUAACUAAGGACAAGAAUGUCACAAGGCUAAUACAGAUACACUUAGAGAGGCUACAAACCAUCGAAAUGCUGUUGGAUCUGAAUCUCAGGUGUACACUCUUACGGUCUGACAUGCUUGAAGUUCACUCCUUCACAGGAAGGGGGCAGUCUCUCCUCAGUCUCUUGGUCUGACCAAAGAGCCAUGUGGAGCACAGGGUGGCACACCUCACCUUUUUAACAAUCACACAAACAUUUCUGCUCCAGCAAAACCAAAAUUAUUAAAAGCUUUUCAUAUUCCUCUUUGUAUUAUUAGUUUGGGUUAAUUUUAGGUUGCAGUACUACUCAGGACAGAAGUAUUGUUGUCAUGGUAAUGAGGCAUCAUGAGCAUUACAGGUAACUCAUUUACACCUGGUGAUAAUAUGUUUCUUAUCUCGGUUGUAUCAAGAUAUGAGUACAUUUACACCUGGUAUUAAUGUGUCUCCAGUUUGAGAUGGGAUAUGUCAGGUCACAUCACGUCCUUCCCUCAUGCACAGGUCAACAAAAACAACAACAAUAGAUAGAAGAUUCUAACCAUCUGUGAGUGGUCUCUUCUUCACUCCAUGCAAAGGUGACUCAAAUAACAUGAGGACUGAGAGAAUGACUUCCUGUGUUUAUUAGCUGCUAGUUGCCUAGCUGCUGCUAGCCUUAGUAGUUGGGAUUAAUAUUUCCAUCCAUGUCAUUGUUGUGCUUGGAUUGACAACGCAAUAGCAUUUACACUUGUGUUCAAUGUGGGCAAGCCAGGUGUAAAUGGAGUAUUAUGUAUCAGGAGCCUCUGUUCUAUGACGCUUGUUGAUUCCUCAUGUGUCAGUACUGCAUUUUGACUUGAUUCCUGCUGAACACACAUUGUGUUUGGCCAACAACGUUACACAGUCACUGAAACACACGACUCUCAGCUUACAAUGUCACCCACUCCUCCCAACAUGAACAGUAGACAAUAUCCUGCUCACUACUGCUGACACUGGACAAGACAAUGUGGUCAUGCAAUCUGUACAUACAGUCCUAUUUGUCUUGUACAUGUUCAUAUAUUGAUAUUUAAUUUAGAAUAGUAUGCCAACAAUAGCAGUAGCUACUGCAGCAGCAUGGACUGAUGGUUGAGGAUGAAUUCAGGAGCUCCAGUUUGCUCUCUGUGUUCUGUGAUUCUAUGACAUUGGACAUUUUAUUCACUUUACAACCUUCAUCCUGUGCUGCUUUGGUUAAGCGCAUUGCCUGUAUAUAUACACUGUUAUCACGAUCCUGUUGGUGUAUUGUAGAAUAACCUGCUGUAGUGUAACAGCACACAGACUGAAAAGCAGUGAUGAUAGGUGAGAAGAACUUUGGGGGUUUACAGUGAUAUUUUUCCCAAUGCCAUUUCUAGAGAAACACAAUAUAUGAGCAUGUCAAAGUGUAGAUGUAGACAUGGUCCUUUUUCAGUUUUUUAAUGAAAAGGUGUGAUGGAGAGAUUUGACAGGAGCGAGUCCCUCCACAUCCACCUCAACACUUGAAGAUGAGCUCACAAACCUUUCCUUAUUCAAGGUGUCACCUUUAUUUAAACUCUUUAUAAGUAUGAUUUGAUGUUCUUUUAGUAUUUUUUAUUUUAUUUGCUUAUAGAUAAUCAAGUACUGGGCAGGCUCCUGUCAGUUAAAUGCUGUGCUGCAUUCAUGAUGGAUUUUCUAAAUAAAUUGUUCUCCAAACUCUGA